UCAAGAGAAAUUUGUUUUCGAAGUAAUAUUUAUGUAUAUCCAUAAAUUUAAAGUAUUGUAUAAGUUUUGUUAAAACUGGUUGUGUUCGUAAAAACACUAUUUCCAGUCUUUAAUGGUAAAUAAAAACCUAUAAUCAUAAUUAAGGCCACAGAUUGAGGUCAGGAGUGCUGCAUUCGAGCAAAGACCCCCUACUGUGUCUAUUACAAGACAAGGAAAAAUUAUACGAAAUAUCAGUUAUAUUCGGGCUUUUAUAUUUUCAUGCAUAUAAUAUUUUUUUAUAUUUGCUUUUUUUCUUCCUCUCGAUCUCUUCUAUCUACUUUUCCUCUCGUUCUAUGAUCUUCUUCUACCUUACGUUUGACACCAUUCAUCCAUCUCUCUUGCAUUCAUUCUGUGUGUGUUCUCUUUCUCUGUUUCACGACACUUCAAAUCCCUUCUCUGUCUCUCUUAAUCUUUCGUGCUCUGUCGAAUCGAACUAGCCCCCUUCCUGCGAAUUUACGUGGAUAUUUCUACUUGUGAACGGUUCCCAACCUUCAGGAUGCAGGCGAUUAAGUGCGUUGUCGUAGGGGACGGAGCAGUAGGUAAAACAUGCCUCCUCAUAAGCUACACUACCAAUGCCUUUCCCGGGGAAUAUAUCCCAACUGUGUUCGAUAAUUAUUCUGCGAAUGUUAUGGUGGAUGGCAAACCAAUCAAUCUUGGUUUAUGGGACACAGCAGGCCAAGAAGAUUAUGACAGACUAAGACCAUUGUCUUACCCUCAAACAGAUGUCUUUUUGAUCUGUUUCUCUUUGGUCAACCCAGCCAGUUUUGAAAAUGUUCGUGCCAAGUGGUACCCAGAGGUGCGUCAUCAUUGUCCAGCCACUCCUAUCAUUUUAGUAGGGACUAAAUUAGAUUUGCGUGAGGACAAGGAGACAAUCGAACGAUUAAAAGACAAGAAAUUGGCACCAAUUACAUAUCCUCAGGGUUUAACAAUGGCAAAAGAAAUCGGAGCAGUAAAAUAUUUAGAAUGUUCAGCCCUGACUCAAAAAGGAUUGAAAACAGUAUUUGAUGAAGCGAUCCGUGCAGUAUUGUGCCCUGUUCUGCAAGUAAAACCAAAACGCAGAUGUUUCCUCCUAUAAUAUUAAAUGUCCGACGACGGCGGAGCACGUGUAAAUGUACUACCCCUCCUCCGAUCGGACUCGAUUGCAGCAGGACGUCUAACUCUGAUAAAGAAAAAUGCCGUAUGGUCCAUCUCUCUCUACAAGCAUCUGCCAUAAAAGCGCACAAAUCAAUUUGUAUAAUGCGUAUGAAAAAGGUAAAAGAGAAGUAUAUACGCAGUUUAAGUGUUUCGGACAUUAGCUAAAUGUUCUGAACAGAGAAAGGAAGCCAAAUGAAAACUGAACUGAUAAUGUACAGUAUAUUAGAGUGUGUUAUUAAUAUUAGUUAUUACAUAUGAAUCGUAAGGAAACAAAACAUUACUAUAU